GCUCAAACUCCCACUAUCUGUCGAAAAGUACUUGCACCUCUGUUUGAUUUGACAGCGCUUCUUAUGAACUGGAGGUUUUCGAUACCAUUCUUGGUGAACCAGAGUGCUUCGAUACUUUUUGUAAUGCUUGUAUCUCGCUAUCCCGUCUCCAUCGUGGUACCAUGCGUGAACGCGUUGCAGUUCGUGUUCACUGCCGUUGUUGGGUAUCUAAUUGGGAGCUCAUUCCCAACUUGGUUUGGUCCAUUAGUAAGCGACAGAAAGUUUCGCAGCCGUAGAUAG